ACCGUCAUGAAGUUUUGAUUUCGUUUCGUGGGUCUGUUUAUUUAUAAAUAACAAAGAUAAAUAAUAAUUCAAUAUUUCUGAAGAUUUUCCAUUAGGGAAAGUAUUUGUUAUAGGUAAGAAUUUUACAUAAUGGCUCACUUUCGUUCAGAACCUUCAUGGCAGCGAGAACAGGGCACUAAAAACAAUGUUAUCGUCACUGAUCCUCUUGCAAUAAUUUAUAAUGAAGGACAAUGGAAAGUGAGCAAAGUUUCGCCUAUGUACAACUUACAAUACGACGCAGUGAGACUCAAGCAAUAUGCGUCGAAAAUUCGUCAAACUAUUGUCAGCACCAUAGCGGCGAACUCUUCACUGAAGUAUACAGUGAAAUUGGAGUCAGAGCCGCAUCUGAAGUAUUCUGAAGACGAUCCUCAUGGUUUAACAAUAUCAGUGAAUUCAACUCAAGACAACAACAAUAAGACUAAACUUGCAUACUCAGCAAUCCUGUUGUCCUGGGGAGUGUGUACCAAGCUGAGUGAUGCCACACACCUCCCAUACUUGUUAGAGCGAGGGGAACAAAAAAUUGGCACAGCUGUUAAAUCUAUUCUACAAACAAUAUUUGACUGCAGCAUAAAACAGUUUAGUUUUACUCAGCAUCAGCUGCUGCAUUUUGGCUUUAAUUUCCUGGAGCAUGAUACUUCUAAAGACACAGAACAUUUUGUAAUGAUAUACAAAACACCACAAGUCAAUCUCAAAGACAAACUGACAUUCUCCUUUGAUAUUGGAGAUGUAAGAAUUAUUUGGAGUGGUUCCAAAGAAGAAGCAUCCAAGCCAUCAGAAGUGGUAAAUAUUGCUUACCAGAUGAUACAGAACCAAAUCUUCUACAUGGUAACGUUAGACAUCACAGUAUUUGACCUCUGUGAGGUUCUCUUACCCAAAGCUGAGGUGAAGAGCAGUGGCAUAGUCAAGAUGAAGACUCCAGAAAUCAUUAACUGUGUCUUCACACUACUAAAUGAGAUAUGUGAUGUUCACGCAGUAAAGGAAAUAAUGAACAGUUCUACUUAGUUGUAAUAAAUUAGAUUAAUUCUAGGAAUUAUGUUUCCAUGAAUGUCAAGUUAUGAAUUUUCAGGUACUAAUUUUACUUGUACAAUCAGCAACAAAAGUCUAAAUAUUCCAUACAUUACAUAAUAUUUCAGUAUGAUUUAAAUAUUUUAAGCUGAGAUUUAAGAUCAAUUCUUCACUACAUAUGUAGCUGGCUGCACAAGCAUGGAGGAAUGAAGUGGGUAGAUUUAAAACGCGCAACUGUAUUUUUCAACAUUUACUCAUCAUGAAUUACACCUUACAAAUGUGUUUGCAUAUUGUAACCUUACAAAAUAUUUUCAUCAUAUCAUUACAAUGUGCUAAACUUAAAAAUAACCUAUUUUGUAAUCAUGUCUUUCAUUACCUUGCAAGCAGUCCUUUUUACAAGAUCAUCCUGAGACUGUCAGGAUGGAAAUUCACUGUUCUGGAUUUUCUUGUGCAAACCUUAUCUUACUAGGCCACCACCCCUAAAAUUUGGAUAAUACCCAUACAGGCAAUCUAAUUGUUUACAUUAACGUGAUUUAGUGGAUGAACCCGACUGGUCUUACAAAAUUAUACAAUGCAAGGUACAAAAGGUUACGAAAUUAAUCACAAUUUGAUUAGA